AUGUCUCGUUUUUUUGUUUCAGGAUAUACUUCUGAUAGUUCAUCUGAAGAGGAAGAUUUAUUAAGUACUUCUGAAGAAGAAUUAUUAUCAUCUUCAGAAGAAUCAGAUAGUUCAUUUUUUGGUGAAGACGCUGAUGAAUCAGAAGAAUCUAGUUCUGAUGAUGAAGAUGGACGUCCAUCUGGUCCAGCAUAUUUUUUGAAAAAAUCAUUUUUAAAAGGAUCUGGUGGAGAUGAUUCCGAUAGUGAAAGUGAUGAUGAAGGACGUAAAGUUGUUAAAUCAGCUAAAGAUAAAUUAUUAGAUGAUAUGAAAUCUUCAAUUGAAGUUAUAAAUUCCAACAAAUAUAAUAACAAUUGGAGUAUAGUUUUAGGUGAAUUUGAUAAAUUUGGUAGAUUUUUGAUUAGAUGUAAUCAAACCAAUUUGGGUACACCAAAGUUUUAUAUUAAAUUAUUGACUAGUUUGGAUAAUUCAAUAACAGAAACUAGUAAUAAUGAAAGAGAUGAUAAAACAUUAAAAGCUGAUGAAGCUAGAGCUUUCAAUACUUUAAGACAAAGAAUCAAAAAGCAAAUAAGAGAAUUUCAAGUUUAUUAUGAUUUGUACAAGGAAAAUCCAGAAGAAUUUGAUGAAAAUGAAGAUGAACCAUUAGAAUCUGUUCAAGCGGGUCUUAAUGAUAAUGUUAAAAAUGAAGCCGAUGGUUCUAUCACUGGUGCUCUUGCGUCAAACAGAGUAUUAAGUCCUAUUUUCCAUACUUUGAAAACCAUUUCUGAAAGUCGUGGUAAAAAGAAUAUUGACAAAUUAGAACAAAUUGCUACUUUGGAAAAAUUAUUAGAAUCACAUGUUUCUAAAGGCUCGCCUUUUGAAUUGAUUUCUAUUUACCAAAUGUUAUUAUCAGUUAGAUUUGAUGCUUCAUCCAAUCAAGCUUUCAUGCCUUUGGAACAAUGGCAGAAAAAUGAACAAGAUUUAGGGAAAUUAUUGGACUUGUUGGAAGCCAAUGUUGACACUUAUCAAGUUUCUGAAUUAGGAUUGACUACUGAUGAUAUUGAUAUUGAACCUACAGCCAACUCUAAAGGGGUUAAAGUUAUUUUCGGAUCAAUUACUUCUUCAAUUGAUAGAUUGGACGAUGAAUUGACCAAAUCUUUACAACAUACUGAUCCUCAUUCUACUGAGUACGUUGAAAGAUUGAAAGAUGAAAGUACCAUUUACAAUAUGAUUGUGAGAGGACAAACAUAUGUUGAAUCCAUAACUCCAGAAGACAUCAAGUACAAAUCUGAGCAAUUGGCAAGAAUUGUUUUGAGAAGAUUGGAACACAUUUAUUAUAAACCAAAACAAUUAAUCAAAGCUAAUGAAGAAGAAGCUUGGCGUAACAUUAAAUACAGCUCAUAUAUUGUUAGUAAAGACUCCACCGUUGAUCAAGUUAUUGAUCAAUUGGCGCAAUUUUUACAGAAGCAACAAAACAAAACUUAUGGGAAGCAUGCUAUACUAUUCUCCAUUUAUUAUUAUGCUGUCAAUAGUCAAUAUGAAAAGGCUAAAGAAUUAUUCUUGGGGUCACAAUUUUACAGCAACAUCAAUUCAGCAGAAUCUUCUUUACAAGUUCAAUAUAAUCGUGCUUUGGUUCAAUUAGGUUUAAGUGCCUUUAGAGCUGGUAGUAUUGAAGAAUCUCAUAAAAUUUUGAAUGAAAUUGUCAAUUCUCAAAGAUCUAAAGAAUUAUUGGGUCAAGGGUUUAAUUCUAAAUUUCCAAAUCAAGCUACUGUUUUGGAAAGACAAAAAUUGUUACCAUUCCAUCAACAUAUCAAUUUGGAAUUAUUGGAAUGUGUAUUUAUGACUUGUUCUUUAUUAAUUGAAAUUCCAACUUUGGCUGCUAUUGCCAAUAAUCAUAAGGAUCCAAAACGUAAGAAUGCCUCAUUAAAAUCUUUCAAGAGUAAAUUGGAUUUCCAUGAUAGACAAUUUUUCACUGGCCCUCCAGAAAGUAUCAAAGAUCAUAUUGUUCAUGCUUCUAUUGCUUUACAAAAAGGUGAUUGGUUAAAGAGUUACAAUUUAUUGUCAUCAAUUAAGAUUUGGAAAUUAUUCCCUGAUAAUGACAAAUUAUUAGCUAUGAUGAAGAAUCAAUUACAAAUUGAAGGUUUAAGAACUUAUAUUUUCACUUAUAAAUCAGUUUUCAAGAAAUUAUCGAUAGAAAAAUUACAACAAAUUUUUGAACUUUCUAGUACUGAAGUGGUUUCCAUAUUGGAAAAGAUGAUUGCUACAGGAAAUGUUAGUGGAGAAAUCAUUGAUAAUAAGUUUAUAAGUUUCACUUCAACUACUGAACCACAAAGAUCUAAAUUACAAGAAUUGGCUAUUGUAUUGAAUGAAAAGAUUCAAUUAUUGACUGAAAAGAAUGAAAAGACACAAUCAAAUGGUUAUGGUAAGAAACAACAAAACAAAGAUCAACAACAGCAACAACAGCAACAACAAAACCAACAACAAAACCAACAACAACAAUCAUCUACCCAAUCGCAACAACAAAAUAACAUCUUGUCUGAAGAAUCUGCCAAUAAAUUUAGAUAUGCCAAUGUUAAUUCUAAUAACGAUGAAUUUCAAGCUACUGCUUAG